AUUUUUGAACCAUCGAUCGGACAAAUAAUGUUUUCGAAGUUAUUAUUAAGAUCAACACGUUCCAAGUUUGGUAGCGCAGGUCUGAUUAGACCUCAGAUAUACCAGCCUCGGAUACCACUUUCAUUCACAACUUUGAGACCCUUCUCCAGUUUACAAUCAAGAAUGGCUAUUAAGGCACAGCUGAAGGAAUUUUAUAAAUUCACACAUCCCGAUUUGUUUGGGAACGCUCCAGAGAAAAUCCAAGAGACGAAUUCAGAGUCAAUGAAAGUUUUGAAUGAGUUUCUUCGGAACAUUUCUACUGAGAGUACUCAUGUUGAUGGACUGCAGCUAACUUUCUACGUGAAGCCAGAUGAUGAGCUAACGAUUGAAAAACUUAAGGAGAAAGGCAUCAAAUUCGAAGAGGCUAAAGGAGAGGCUAAGAAGGAAAUUGAGAAGGAAAGGGAAUCCCAAUAUGGAAAGAUGAAUAUCUCCCUUGAUGGGAUCAAGAAUACAGCUGUCCGAGAGGUCCGCCGUAAACACUAUGAGAUUACUGUCAACACACUCAUCGAGAGCAUUCAGGACUUCUGGGAAAAAGAGGAAAAGGGAGAACUUGAACUCGACGACGAGUUCGAUUUCUCCACAUUUGGAGAAAUGAAGCAUGAUUGGCAGCAUACUGCCAAGCCUCAGAGUAAGGGAGAGUUAAAGAGAGAUAUUAAAGAUCGAAGAGAAUAUAUCGAAACGAGAUCGAGAGAAAGAUUUUAUGAAGAUUUCCAAAAGCUAGUUGUCAAGAAUGUAUAUAGAGACAAGUAUGGACUCCCUAAAGAUCUGAAUGUCAGACCUCCUGAUAAAUAUAUGGUCCAGGCAGUCAAAGAUUCUUAUGUUGCUGAGAGGACAGAUUUACUCCAAAAGUACUCAGUUGAUCCAAACUUGGUCUUCUUCCAUCACGAGCUCGAAGAUUUGGAAAUAGGAUACUGUAUAAAAAGACUUCACGGAGAGCACUUAGAGCCAGAACAUAGGGAACUUUUCAAGAAGAAGCUGAACUACAUCAGCCAAAAGUUGGCAGUCUCUAGACCUGAGAUUAUGCUAAUGUUUGGGAAAUUCCAGGAAUACUUCGCUCUAGCUCCAGGGUUCAUCCAUGUGCCUAUUGAAUUCGAAGUAGACGAGUUCAAUGAGUUCCUUAAUGCUAAUUUAGAGACCCAUAGAGCUAAAACAGCUCGGUUUAUAAGAGAAUAUAAAGAGUUUGAGACUAUCGAGAAAGAAGUCUGCAAAAUGCUUUCUCUAGAAGGAAUCGAGAGGCGAAUGAACAAUGACUUUAUUGAAAUGCAAGACCAUUUGUUGGCAAUCAAGCAUUUUAGAAAAUUUGUUAAGAAUAACCCUGACUUACUGUUUCCUAUCUCAAGGCUUACAAGUCUGAAUAGACACAUCCUGAUUGGGAAUGAAUACCAGAUCCAUAGCGAUUAUAUGAUAGAGAUCCCAUGAAAAUUUAAGGAUAGAGAGUUAGAAGAAUUCUUACUAGAGGCACAAGCAGAGUUAGGAUUUUCAGCUUAAUUCAAUAUUUGAGGCUAUAUCGGG